AUGUCUUUCCUUCAUAAUCAUUCUUGCGAGUGCGUUAAGUCAGAAUUGGAUUUGUUUGCACUACCGUCUACACAAACUAGCAUUGAAAAUGGAUUGUGGAUUCAUUAUAAACCAAUUUCAUCUCUUGGUGAUGAUGGACCUAUCGAGUUUCAAGUUCCUGGGACCGGCGAUGACUACAUAGAUUUGUCUCAUACAUUACUCCACAUAAAGGCAAAAGUAUUAAAUCAAGAUUCAACUAACUUGGUAUCUACUACAAUAGUAGCACCUGUAAAUAAUUGGCUGCAUUCACUUUUUAGUCAACUUGAUGUUUAUUUAAACCAAAAACUUGUAUCACCACCUAAUAAUACCUAUGCAUAUCGAGCAUACAUGGAAACCCUUUUAAACUAUGCCCCUGCUGCUAAACAAUCUCAUCUUACUUGUAGUCUUUGGUAUGAGGAUACAGCAGGAAAAAUGGAUUCUACAGAUGGUAAAAACAUAGGAUUUGUUAAAAGACAGGAAUUGAUUAGUGAAAGUAAGGAAAUAGAAAUGAUUGGUCAUCUUCACGGUGACAUUUUUAACCAAGAUAAAUUUUUAAUUAAUGGUGUUGAAAUGAGUGUUAAAUUGGUUCGAUCAAGAGAGAGUUUUAAUUUAAUUGUUGGGUCAAACGAUGUAAAGUUUAAAGUUUGCAUUACGGACGCAACUCUUAUUGUUCGACGAGCACGAAUUAAUCCAAGUGUAUUACUCGCACAUCAAAAAGUUUUAGCUUCUACCACUGCUAAAUAUCCUAUUACUCGAGCUGAAGUAAAAGUUUUAACAAUUCCUUCGGGUGUUCAAGGAAAAACUCUUGAUAAUAUAUUUUUAGGACAGGUACCGAAAAGAUGUAUAAUUGGAUUUGUGAACAAUUCUGCAUUUAAUGGUUCCCUUACUAAAAAUCCAUUUAACUUUGAAAACUAUGGUAUUAAUUCUUUCAGCUUAUAUAUUGAUGGUCAACAAAUACCUUCAAAAGCUUUGCAACCAUCUUUUAAUAAUAGCAUAUUUACAUCAGCAUAUCAUACUCUAUUCUCGGGAACUGGUAUUCACUUUCUUAAUGAAGGAAAUGGAAUCUCUUGUGAACAGUAUGGCAAAGGUUACUGUCUAUUAGCAUUUGACUUAACUCCUGAUUUAUCAGCUAACUCAUCAACUCAUUGGAAUCUCAUAAAGCAUGGUAGUGUAAGAAUAGAAGUACGAUUUGAAUCCUCAUUAAUACAAACAAUUAACUGUAUAGUUUAUGCUGAGUUUGAUAAUAUUAUUGAGAUAGAUAAAAACAGAAAUGUUACUGUAGACUAUAGUAGUUAA